GACAUUUGAUAGAAAACUCUAAACCAAUUCCCAUGAUGCUUAAUAGACAUCGCGGAGAACAACUUUACAAUUGUAAGAAUGAUACAGAUUUUUCUCCAAGACAUCAAUCGAAUCCAAGCAAAUCAUUUCAAUUCCCACAUGUUCAUAAAAGAAAUCGAUCUAACACGACGAGUGAAAUUGAUCGAAUGAUAAAAGAUAUUGAAGAGAUGAAUCGAGGGUUCGAUCCGUCACAAGUUGGUUGUAUUUCACCUAAAACUGUUGAUUUACGAGGAUAUAAACUGCCGGAUGAUGUUAUGAAGUUUUUUGGCACUGUCGACGAUUCGUCUUCUGUUUUAAGGAGAUCUUGUAGUAGUAGAUCAAGAGAUUUCAUGAAAAUCCAUAGACGAUAUUCUUCAACAUCAGCUACGCGUGAAGAAAUGUCACCCAUGUCUUUAACUUUUCAACAUCAUAAGGAACCAUCUGUUGCUUCAAGUCAAGAUCAUUCAAGGAAUGAUAGUGGAUUUUCUACUAACAGCACAAAUAAUAUGCCCACACCUUUGGAAGAUGAAAAGGAAACACCAUCAUAUGUGAAUAAAGUUUAUGGGCAACAUUUAAAAACUUGGCAACAAAUAUGUCAAGAAAAUGGAAUAUCAUCUCAUAAUUCCCCCCUUGAUGAUGAUAACUUUAGUUCGAUGAUAAAUGAUUCAUUUAAAUCACCAGUAAUUCCUGAAUUUCAAUUUCUGAAUGUAGCAGUGAAUAGUUCGUCGCAAGAUCAUUUAGAAUCACCAGAUUCAUCACCAACUUCAACAAAUAACAGUUUCUUUUCUAAUUUGAAAGCCGCUGUGAAAUCACAUACAGUUUCUCCUACAAAGCGAUAUGGAAUUUUCAGUUCCAACCAUGAAAAUCUAAGUGGAACAUCAACAUUGCCAACUCAACAGUCAACGCAAGCAUCGUUAAAAUUACGACCACGAAUACAGCGUCGACAAAGAAGUAAUUCUGGUGAUAUAGAAGAAUCGUCAUCAGAAUUAAAACGAACCAAUUUAGUUGGAGGUAUAGGUGGAGAAAAGAAAGAUAAAAAGCUUUCUAGCUCUCCUGGAUUAUUUGCCACAUUAGGAGCAAAAAUUGUAGGCGGUAAAGGAGGCGGUUCUGUUAGUUCUACUUAUUCGUCAUCCCAAUAUGAAUAG